AUGAGAUGCGUCGCUAUCCUCUCGACGGCGGCUAUUGCCUCUGCCUUCGUGAUCCCAGAUCAGGCUACUUUCGAGACUUUGUCCAUUGAGAAUCAGGAGAUCGACUACCCUUCAGAGCACCCUUUCUGGAACAAGUUGCACCAGGCCGAAAGUUUCUGGGAAGAUCUUGAAGAGGAGUUUAUACAGGUUGCUGAGAACGCCAAACACGCAUUUGCUGAGACUGUCGAUUUGGCACAUGAUACGGCCGUCCGCUAUAGCGAAGAUUUCCAGGACGCCUUUGCGGGGGAGGCUUGGUUAGACACUGCAGAAUACGAUUUGGACCUAUUCGAAGAGCCUCCUCAUCACGGCCCACCGCACCACCCACCUCACCAUGGACCUCCGGGCAAGAAGCCUCAUCACCCGCACCAUCCUCACCAUCCUCACCACCCUCCGAAUCAGACCAUCUGGGAAAUGAUCUCAAAGAGCAAAUAUACGACGAAGCUAGCCGGUGCCGUCAGGGAAUUCCCGGAUCUCGUCGAGCUGCUGAAUAGCACCAAGGCGAACCACACCAUCUUUGCUCCGACUGAUCGAGCAUUCGAGAAGAUCCCCAAGCAUGCCCCGAAGCCACCCAAGGAGUUUUUGGAGAAGCUCCUGACAUACCAUAUUUCGCCUGAAUUCUAUCCUGCGCCUCGUAUCCUGGUCAGCCGAACCAUUCCAACCGCUCUCGAAGCCAAAUUUAUCGGAAAGGUGCCACAGCGGCUUUCCACCCAGCUCUCCCUGAGAGGAUUGACUAUCAACUUCUACUCUCGCGUCGUUGCGGUGGAUAUCUUUGCAACAAACGGAGUGGUUCAUGGCAUCGACAGCAUUCUCCUUCCUCCACCGAAGUUUGUGGAUAUCAUCUCGGCCCUGCCAGGCGAAUUUAGCACUCUCGACCUCGCUUUAGAGAAGACUGGCCUGUAUUCGGCUUUCAAUGACACAUCAAGCCACAGUGGAGGCACAAUCUUCGCACCCUCCAACUUUGCCUUUAAGCGGCUUGGCCCGAGGAUCAAUGCCUUCCUAUUCAGCAAGUUCGGCCUAAAGUAUCUCAAGGCUCUAAUCCUGUACCAUGCUGGUGACAACAUUACUCUCUAUUCAGAUGCCAUCUACAAACUCGACACGGAUUCGCACCCACCACCUCACCACAAGGUGCCCAAGGGAUUGAUUCACGUCGACCUUCCAACGGGCCUCGAUGGCAAGAGCCUGAGCAUCGACAUUGCUCGAUUUGGUCGACUCAUCACUAUGAAGGUCAACGGUUUCACUCGAGUUGCUGUCCUUGAUGGUAUUGCGGCCGAUGGCGUCAUGCACGUUAUUCCCAAUGUCCUCAUACCGCCCAAGACUCCUGGUGGACUCGCAGUCGCCGAAGACGAUAUGGAUCUUGAAGAGUUCAAAGCAAGGCUGGCACCGUUUGUCGAACCAGAAGAAGGUGAAUGGGUCGAGGAAGACCCCGAACUAUAA